AAAAAGAUGCCUUUUUGGAAGUAGUACAAGUGCUAGUAAUCAACCAACAACACCCGUUACAUUUAUGCGUACAGAAAGUUGGAGUCCAGCUAAGCGAAGGAGAAUAAAUUCACAAUAUUUUGGUCGAAAUAGAGAAGGAAAUUGGGAUUUUAAUUCACAUCAGGCUAAACGUGAAAGUGUUGGGAGAGGGAAGAGAACACUUUUGGCAUUACAAGAACGAUUUUUUGUCACCGGUUUAUUCUCUUCACAUAGAGCACAGGGAGACGCUGAAGCUUUGCUUCAAUGUUGUUUAGCCUAUGGAGAGGAUUUUCUUUCGUAUAUGGAUAAACAUCGAGCUGCAUUUCCGAUUGAAUCUUUUAGAGAAAAUAUUAAUUAUUUUUAG